AUGUUCGCUUUAGAAAAAUGUAUAAUCAUAUCAAAAUUAGCUUUUGAAUUUGCAGAAAAUACUUCUUCAAAGUUCGGUUCUGAACUUGAAACUUUUAUUGCACCUUAUAUUUGGACGCCGUUGUUUAAAUUAUUGCCAACUUUGUACAGUAUUUUGUUGAGGGUUUUAACAAAUGAAUUUUCCCUAAUUGAAUUUUCAAAACAUUUCAAAUCACCGGACUCUUCAGGGCUAAUCGCAUGGUGUCAAUUGAAUUACGAAAGCGACGAAAAAAGUGUUAUGAAUCUCGCAGCUAUUUAUGAACAGUUGAAUUCAAAAUGUUUGCAUUUGACUGUUAAAUUUUUUCAUUGCUAUCGUGUAUGCUUUACCUUCAAAAUUAUAUUUGAUUACCUACAAGAAUUUUAUCCACAAUUGUUAACUACACGUAGUAAGGAUAGGAACAUAAAUACAAGUGAGACAGAAGUAAAGGCAAUUGGUAUGAAUUCAUUUCCCAUAGAUGACUUUUGGAAUAACAAACUGGAUCCUGAACAGAUACUCGAUUUUGACUAUUUUAUUGCUAAUAUGCAAUAUAAUUUGGAUCCUUUUCUAAAUGAUUUGAAUGCAAGCUUUAAUGUUGAAAAUUGA